AUGGUCGCCCCUGAGAAAAAGAAUGCCAAUGUCAGGCUUCUCGCAUGUCUCAUCGACGAAGACAACACCGACGACAGCGACUACCGGUUUCUUGUUGACGGACAGCACGUCAAGUACGUAUCCACAGCGCCGGGCACCUUUGCCGGACAUGAAGACGACCGCACAUUCGAACUCGUCCUCCUUAGUGAGCUCUUUCCACCGUUCCCCACCGAGACCGGGGAGGCUACCUUCGACAGGACCGAGAGAGUACAGUUCUCCGGCGUGAAGCAUGUUUGGCACCCCAUGAUCCUCAACGAGCUGGAUUUCACACGACUAGACCGAUUGAAGCAGCGAGUCCAUCUCUCGACGCACCCCCGAGUAGAAGGAGGGAAGCCCGUCCUCGUCAAACUCGCCGUAUGGCCGUGGGAAAUUCCGUACGCCGAGGCAGAAACGGCCGCCUACCAGUGGCUCAGUGACAGCGGCGUCGGCCCCAGGUUCUUGGGUCAUCUCCCCGAGGGCAAAAGCGGGCGCGUGAUCGGCUUCGUCGCCGAAUGGCUAGAUGACGCGUGGUCCGCGGGGCCAGGAGACAUCGACGCCUGCAAUAAGGCCCUGAGCCGGUUGCACGAUCUCGGCAUCAAGCUUGGCGAUGUCAACAGACACAAUUUUCUCGUACGGGAGGGGCAUGACGUGGUUGUAAUAGAUUUUGAGACAGCGAAACGAGACUGCUUGCCCCUGGAACUCAUGGAAGAAAUGAACGAGCUUAGUAAUAGCUUGCAAGGUGAAUAG